AUGAAAGGGUCGAAUAAGGGUAUUGAAUUUGAAGAGGUGAGUUGUGCUGGUCUUGAUGGAACUCCGUGGCCAGAGGACACAAACAAAGGGAAUAAAGAGAACACAAUAAGCACCACAAGGCGUCGCCCUUGUCGGACUACUCGAGCCUCCGACAAGACCGCGGAUUCUGGAAGAGGUGUCGGUGUGGUUGGGUGGCUGCCGGAGCAGAUGGAGACGCUGAUGAGGGCUGCUGAGAUGUGGCGGGAAAGAGCCAUGAAGGGUGACCCUGAUGCGCCUCAUUCAAGGGUUCUUAGAGUUCUUCUUGGUCAAGAAUUUUGA